AUGUCCUCGCCUGAUAUGCUACUCCCGAACGAACCGAUUCUGCCGGUAGACGAAAACAUAGCAACGGAAUGGCAACCCAUAACACUGACGCUGGUAGAAUACCCUAAAGGUGAUCUUAUCGGAAAGCUGCUAGCAUGGAUAAGUCUAGCGCCACUUGGUAUCGGUGCUGGAUUCGUGGCAUUAAUACUGUUCCGACGGGAUCUGCACACCAUCGUGUUCUUUCUAGGGACGCUAGUGAACGAGUGUUUCAACAUCCUGCUAAAGCACUGGAUAAAAGAACCACGUCCGAUGUCGCGGGCCCAAAUUUGGACUGAGUAUGGCAUGCCUUCAUCGCACUCACAGUUUAUGUGCUUUUUUGCCACCUACGUACUACUGUUCAUCUUUAUAAGACUGCAUCACAUAAACAAUAAUAAUAGCGCAAGGUUCGAGCGGCUCGUACGAUUGCUCGUGCUUGCCAUUUGCUGGACGGCAGCGUUUCUCGUCUGCUUCGGUAGGAUCUAUCUACUGUACCAUACACUUUCCCAAGUGCUGAUUGGUGCCCUCGUCGGUACAGUGAUGGGAGCGCUAUGGUUUCUGCUAACCCACUUCGUCCUCACACCCUACUUUCCCAUGGUGGUGCUGUGGCGUGUGUCGGAAUUGUUUCUAUUGCGAGAUACCACCCUCAUACCGAACAUUCUCUGGUUCGAGUACACGGUUACGCGUCACGAAGCGCGGGCCCGAUCGCGGAAACUAGUGAGCAUGAAAUCUCAGUGA